UUUCCAUUUCGUGUCAUAGAUACCACCAACCAUUUGCAUGAAGGUACUAUAGCUGUUAGUUUGAUUUCAAUAAUUUGGCGGUUAAUAUAUCUGUUACGGCUAUGUAAGGGAGUGAAGGUACCAACUGAAGGACGCCAUGUACUCUGCAGCGCACCGCGGCAAACCUGCUGUCUUUGCCGCUCUCUAUUCUGCUAGUAGGAAAAUUGUGCAGAGCAGGGUCGUGGGACAGGUGAUGGCGGUGCGAGGUGAUGGUCACUUUCGCCUUGCAGUCAAGUAGCCAAGUGUUGAGGCGUGCAGCAGAUGGGGUGUGUGCCGCAGCCCGGGACUGUCCAGUGUGUGCACGACGGCCGCCCUGUGAGCUCGUGAUCCAAGAUGCGGCACCAGUUCAACAUUAAGGAGGAUGGCAAGUUGGUGGGCUUCACCUGGGCGGACUACGUGAUGUUCUGCGGGAUGCUGCUGCUGUCGCUCUUCAUCGGGGUCUUCUACGCCUACAAGAAUAGAAAGAAGGCCAAUGAGGAAUUCUUGCUAGGGGGUCGAAGCAUGUCCUGUAUCCCGGUCUCCUUGUCUCUUGUGGCCUCGUAUAUCUCAGCCAUUCUUGUGUUGGGAGGACCCGCGGAGACCUACUACCAUAACAUCAGCUGGAUCGUGGGGAUGGGCGGCCUGGCAGCCAUCCCUGUGGUCGCCAUUGUGUUCCUCCCCUUCCUAUACCAGAUGCGCAUCACCUCUGUCUACGAGUACCUGGAGACGCGCUUCGACUCCAGGGUGAUACGCCGCAUGGCCAGCCUUAUGUUCGUGCUGCAGACACUACUGUACGAGGCGGUGGCUAUCUACGCCCCCGCCCUCGCCCUCGCCGCCGUUACCAACAUGCAAGUGUGGGUGUCUAUCCUUACAGUGGCCGCCAUCGCUUCUCUCUACACCGCCAUUGGCGGGAUGAAGGCGGUGGUGUGGACGGAUGUGAUGCAGCUCCUGGUGAUCCUCGGGGGCCUGUUUGCCAUCGUGGUGAAGGGAUCUAUCGACAUGGGAGGCGUGGAGAACAUUUGGAACACUGCCCUGCAACACAACCGCACUGGCUACAACAUUAUGAAGUUCGAGUUUGACCUGUACGAGAGGCACACGGUCACCAACAUAGUGCUCGGCGGCUUCCUGGCUAGUCUGUGCAGCUUCGCGUGUUCCCAGACGGCGGUGCAGCGAUACUCCAGCAUGAAGAGCCUCAACCAUGCCAGAGCGUCACUCCUCCUCACUAUUCCCUUCUACAUGCUGCUGUACUUCCUCGCCGCCUUCACAGGAUUGGUGCUGUUCGCCACCUAUGAGGGCUGCGACCCCCUGGCGGCGGGACUCAUCUCCAGUAAGGACCAGAUUCUUCCCUUCUUCGUGAUGGACAAGCUGAGCUCCGCGCCAGGGCUGCCAGGUCUCUUCGUGGCAUGUAUCUUCUCCGGCGCCCUUAGCACCAUAUCCUCUGCGGUGAGCUCCCAGGCGGCAGUGACGUGGGAGGACUGGCUGGCUCCUAUCCCCUAUUUCGCUUCCCUCGCUCCCACUUCACAGGCCGCAAUUACUAAGCUGAUAGCGGGAGCCUACGGGACGCUGGCGGUGGGUCUGGCCUUCCUGGCGGGCAACUUCGGAGGGCUGCUACAGACGGCCCACGCCUUCGUCGGAUCAGUGAGCGGGCCGUUGUUAUCUGUGUUCGUCCUCGCCUUCUUCAUGCCAUUCAGCAACGCCAUCGGAGGCUGCGUGGGGCUGCUCCUAGGCACGGCGGCGCCCCUUAUCGUCAACUUUGGCGCCUCAGGAUUGGGAUUGAAGCCUACACUGCUGCCCACGUCCACUGACUCCUGCCCCCUUGACCUGACUAUCCCGGAGACCACCAGAGCCCCGCCUCCCAGCCUCUCUGAUCUGGAUUACCCGCAGAAGCUGUUCGCGAUCUCCUACAAGCACACAGUGACUCUCGGCUUCCUGGUGGCGAUAGUGACGGGCAUCAUCACCAGCCUCGUCACGGGGAGGACGAGAGGGAAGCGUGUCAAGAGGGAGCUGCUUCAUCCCUGGGUAAGGUGGACGGAACCAGACUCUAAGGAAGUGACAGCAAGAGUCGAGGCCCACAGUUACCACAACCCAGCAGUCUCCACUCGCCUCUAACGUGAAGGAAGCGGGAGUGACGAGCGGUGGUGGUGUCUAUGAUGAAUCAAAGGUGUUAGUGAGUGAGUAAUAUGUGUUUUGAAGUGGUUAGUGAGUGUUUAUUAGGAUUGUUGUGUUGUUAAGAAGUUAUAGGUGUAAUUUUUUAUACUGUUCUUUUGUGUGUGUGUGUGUGUGUGUGUGUGUGUGUGUGUGUGUGUGUGUGUGUGUGUGUGUGUGUGUGUUAGCCAUGACCGGUAUUUUGAUAUUAGUUUUACAUUGGUUUCUAUUUUUAUGAUCAUUAUUAUUAUUAUUAUUAUUAUUAUUAUUAUUAUUAUUAUUAUUAUUAUUAUUAUUAUUAUUAUUAUUGCAAAUCUAUUUUUCGUUAUGGUUGUUGUUAUCAUGAGUAGGUGUGGUAAAAGAAGUAGUGGUUAUUACAGAAACAGCAAGAGUAGUGAUAUUGUGCAGUACAAGUAGUAAUAGAUAGUAAUAGUUGUACAGGGUAGGAUAGCAUUUAGCACUUAUGUCGUAAUUAUAACAUUAUUAUUAUUAUUAUUAUUAUUAUUAUUAUUAUUAUUAUUAUUAUUAUUAUUGUUAUUAUUACUACUACUAUUACUAGUGUUAUUAUUUCUAUCGUUAUGUUAUCCUCAUUAUUAUUAUUAUGGUGAUAAUGACUUAUCUACGGCACAUGUUCUGUAUCUUGUGUUUCGAUGAUAACGGUGUUGGUGUUAAAAAUAAAUAAAAUUAACACAACUGGCAA